AUGGCUGUUCUUCGGGUCGGUCAGUCUCGAGGCGAUUUGCAACGAAUGCAGUUAGUGGCUGUUUCACCUGAAGGUUUUGAUUCUUCGUCUGUUCACCGUAUUGACAACUACAGUGACAUGACUUACUUGACACACCAAGUAAUCAAGAAAAUCAAAGGACACGAAGACGAUUAUGCUAUGUAUAUUUAUUAUACGAUAGUGCUAUUGAUCACAGAAGUAGCAAUGACCUCUUCAGCUGUCGAUACGCAAGCACUUGUCUUGUACGAUGACAAUCAGACUCCGCUAAAACGAUUCUCAGCCCGGGAGAAGUCGGUGACAGUUGGCUCAUUCGUAAUUCACCUGAAACAAAGCUGGAAUGAAAAUGGAGUUGCCGGUGUUUUGUGGGACUCGGCAAUUGUACUCUCUGAAUAUCUCGUCACCCAUCCGGAUCUUGUUCGUGGUCAUCGAGUACUCGAGUUGGGAUGCCGGUCUCGGACUGCCGUCCAUCGUUGCUGCCAAGCUUCUGCCAAGAGAGUAAUGGCCACAGAUCAGCCUUUAGCAAUAUCAUUGCUCAGGGAAAAUAUCAUUGCGAAUCUGCGUGAAGAGGAAAUGUCGGCUGUUAGUAUCGUACCGCUAGAUUGGGCUACUCUUCCCGAAGAGCCUUUGUCAGCAAACAUCAUUUUGGGCGCUGAUUUAGUUUAUAACGAAGAAGUCUUUGAAGCCUUGAGAAAAGCGAUUAUGCAGCUGAUUACUACUGAUAAUUUUAUGUUAAUGGCGAGCAAAAUUCGCUAUCCUAAGGAUAAACGCUUUUACGAGACUCUGAGAGAUGAUUUUGAUGUAACUCAGGUACUUUACGAUGAUGCUACCGAUGUGAUAUUGUAUAGGAUUUCGAAAAUUAGGAAGGAAUUGUGA